CAAAACCUUUCGGUUCCAUCCCUUGCUGUGUCAUUUUUAUCUCUAGAACCUCUGUUUCUCUCGGCCUCUUGCUGUUGUACUCAUCUCCUGUUGCUGUAAUGUCACAUUAAGAGCAUUUUGGUUUGGGUUGUGAUUUUUGUAGCAGGUGGGACUUUGGUUUCAUUUGGGUUUUCAAGUGUGGUAUGUAUUAAUAGCAGCAGCACUCUUGUGUUAAUUACCAGCUCUGGAGCUUGUUUUAAAGCACCACGGCACAUAACCUCAAAAAGCAAUCAGCCAGACUAGUUAUGGCAACAAAGCCACGCGUGCUUCCCAAAAAAUUAAUUAAUUUGUUGCACAGAGUGUGGUUCCUGGUGGCUUUUGUGGGCUGCCAGCCGGCUGCAAGCCUCUCAAAACUUGUAUGGGAUAAGUUCUCUGCUGUUAAUACAAACCUUUCUUAUGAAAGGCUGAAUAAAAUUGCACUGGAAAUCACAAGAAUAUAAAGUGGUUGUUUAGAGCAGGGUAUCAGUAAUUAGUGUUUAUGGUUACAGCAGCCUUUGUGAGUCCUUCUGGUGAAGCAGAAAAAACGCUGAAAAUCAUGCCCUGUCCUGCCUCGGAUUUUGUUGUAAUUCAGUUUAUUAGCACGGGGUUUUUUUUCUCCAACAGAAAGGUAUGCCCUGCAGCAUUAGGUGGGGUUGGCUGACAAGCACACCGCCUGUGAAGGCAGUAAAAUUAGCAACAUGAUAUAAGUGGUUUGCCUUUGUGGAAGUGUGCCCAUCCUGAACCUCCAAACCCGUAGCUCUUUAUCGGGUGGUUCCUCCCCAUGCCAGAGGCUUUCCUGUGCCUCUUGGCUUUUCUCCGGAUUAAAAACGUGCCUGGGACAGGUUUGGAGCAGGGGUGUGCACGCAUGCGCACUUUUUAUUGUAGAAGUUGAACAAAAGUAGUAUUUUACAUGGGACUAUCAGUAAUAACUUGGGGGAAUUCCCAUUUUAAAAAAUCUAGGAUUUUUGUUGGUUUCACCACCAGUAUGGAUACAUGUUGUCUGCACAGUGUGUGUGUGUGGAGUAGCAGCUGUCAGCGGUACAGGUGGAUGAAUGGAUGGCUCAAAAAACUAGUUGAUUUAAUACUUACUGGGUGGAACUUGUGCUGCUGUGGUAAGCCAAGGCUGCAAAGAUUUGAUACGUUUGUUAAAGAGAAUUUCCGUAAUCCUUGUUUUGACGUGGUUGAACCAAAGAAUAGGUUGGCUGUGGCUUAGAGCCAAGAGUGAACGUCUCAUGGUGCCUGGAGUGGCCUGUGCAGGGGGGGGAGGAGAAGACAGCAGCCCCAUAGCAGCCCCUCGGUCCUUAUCCUGACACCUUAUUGUCAGUGAGAAGUGACACGCACAAAUGGCAUGUACAGCCGGACUGAAAAUAGCCCCUGGCUGGUCCCUGGGAACAUGGGGCCUCCUUAUAUGUCCUGUGGCACAUGCGGAGGCUGCCUGGGGGAGGGGGUUUCUUCCCACCCCAGGUGCCCUGCAUCCAGCAGCCUGGAACAGUGUUUCCUCCCAGGCCUGCAGACCCAAGGAUCGAAAGAUUGCCAGAUGCUUUUAAACCAGCUGAAAGAGAUCACAGGAAUUCAAGACUCAGCUUACCUCCACGCCACUCUAAAGGCUGCCAAUGGAGACCUCAUGGAAGCAGUCACCUUCCUGACCGAGGAGCAUGCUCAGGAGCCAGCUCAGGACACGGCUGCCACGGAGCCAUCGGCUUGGGAAGGAAGUGCUGUGGGCAAACAGCUCCCACAAGAUGUUACUGCUGCACUUCGCUCUAACAACGGAGAUGACCUUGGCACACUCGAUGCCUUCAGACCACUGGAACCUCCAAAAUCUCAGGCUGCAGAACGAGAUGCUGCUGAAAGACCGCAGGAAGUGCUCUCUGCUGAAUAUAAAAAUCGCUCCAAAAGGAAACGCUGUGAAGUCUGGGGAGAGAACCCCAAGCAGAACGACUGGAGAAGAGUGGGUGACUGGCCUGUUGGAAUGAAAAAUAUUGGAAAUACAUGUUGGUUUAGUGCUGUCAUACAGUCUCUGUUCCAGUUGCCCGAGUUUCGGAGGCUGGUUCUUGGGUACUCCCUCCCGCCAAACGUGCUUGAAAGUUGUCGUAGUCGCACUGGAAAAAGAAAUAUUGCAUUCAUGCAAGAACUUCAGUGUCUGUUUGCUUUAAUGCUGGGGACGCGCCGUAAGUUUGUAGACCCUUCUGCAGCACUGGAACUCCUGAGGGAUGCGUUUAGAUCCACUGGAGAACAGCAGCAAGAUGUGAGUGAAUUUACACACAAGCUCCUGGACUGGCUGGAGGAUGCAUUCCAGCUUGCUGUGAAUGUCAAGAGCCCCAGGGACAAAUCUGAAAACCCAAUGGUACAACUUUUCUAUGGGACUUUUUUGACGGAGGGUGUCCAUGAGGGCAAUACUUUUUCUAAGAUCGAAGCCUUUGGUCAGUACCCCCUCCAAGUAAAUGGUUAUCGAAACUUAAAUGAGUGCUUGGAAGGAGCCAUGGUGGAGGGCGAGAUGGACCAGGCAGCAGCAUCUCAGUCCGGGAAGUAUGGACAGGAGCGCUGGUUUACAAAACUUCCACCAGUACUGACCUUUGAACUCUCCCGAUUUGAGUUCAAUCAGUCCCUAGGACAGCCAGAGAAAAUUCACACCAAGCUAGAGUUUCCCCAGACUAUUUAUAUGGACAGGUACCUCUACUGCAGUAAAGAGCUUAUUCAGAUGAAGAGAGAAGAAAUGAAGAGAUUGAAGGAGAAAAUGGUAAUUCUGCAGCAGAAACUGGAAAGGUACAUGAAGUUCGGCUCCGGCCCGGUGCGCUUCCCUCUGCCCGACAUGCUCCAGUACGUGCUUGAGUUCAUUGCCACGAAGCCACCUGGGGCUGUUUCUUCUGCUCAGGGCUCUCAGACAACACUCCUGCAGUCCCAGGCUGAGCCCCAUGAUUUCGAUAUGCUUUCACAGCCAAAUGGCAUACUGCAAAGGAAGGAUGCUGGGACUGAAGAUGCAGCUUCCUUUUUGGCAAACCCCUUACCAGAGCUAAAACUGACUUCACUCCAGCCUUCUGGUUCACCAGCAGAGAUGUUGGAACAUCCAGCCCCUCACGUGGUUUCCGAGGAAGAGCUGAACCUUGUCCGGACGUGCCUGCAGCGAUGGAGGAACGAGAUUGAACAAGACAUGCAAGAUCUGAAGGAGUCUAUUGCCCAAAUCAACUUGGCCAUGGAACAAAUGUACUGUGACCCUCUCCUCCAGCAGGUUCCGUACCAUCUGCAUGCCGUCUUGGUACAUGAGGGGCAAGCAAAUGCUGGUCACUACUGGGCCUACAUAUACGACCAGCCUCGAAAACGCUGGCUCAAAUACAACGACAUCUCAGUGACAGAGUCAUCGUGGGAAGAGCUGGAGAGAGAUUCAUUUGGAGGCUUGAGGAACGCCAGUGCCUACUGCCUGAUGUACAUCAGCGAUAAGGUGUCCCACUUGGUUGCAGAAAAGGAUGAUGGCUCAGAGCUUGGGCAGUUUCAGAAGGAAGUUGAAGCCUUGCCCCCAGAGCUGAGACACUACAUCCAGGAGGAUAACUGGCGCCUCGAGCAGGAGGCAGAGGAAUGGGAGGAGGAGCAGUCUUGCAAGAUGCCUCAGAUGGAGCCUUCACCUGCUUCCGAGUCACAGGACCUCUCUUCUGAAUCAGGACCAGAUCAGUCCUCAGCCUGUGAGCAGAGCGUGCGCUCCCUGUCCUCCGAGCAUGCCAGAAUUGCCAAGGAGCAGACUGCCAAGGCCAUCGCCAACACUGCCGACGCCUACGAGAAGAAUGGCGUGGAGGCAGCUCUGUGCGAGCCCAAGGAGGUAGAGCCAGCGAAGGUCCAGCCGAGAGAAACAGCCCUCACAGUUCAGGCAGAGCCACCCCAGGAUGCUAAGGAAACACAGUCUGCUGCCCAAGCUAGCUCUCAGGUCUCUGAAGUGGAAAUUCCCAGUGUGGGGAAGAUUCCCGUUAGGUCCGAUGCAGAUGGAUAUAAUGAAGAGGUGAUGCUGAGUCCAGCCAUGCAAGGUGUCAUCCUGGCUAUUGCAAAAGCCCGCCAGACCUUUGAUCGCGAUGGGUCUGAAGCAGGGCUUGUGAAGGCAUUCCAUGAAGAGUAUUCCCGGCUCUACCUGCUGGCCAAGGAGACCCCGACCCCACAGAACGAUGCCCGGCUGCAGCACGUGCUCAUCUACUUCCUGCAGAACAAUGCUCCCCAGCAGGUGGUGGAACGGACCCUUCUGGAGCAGUUUGCAGACAAGAACCUCAGCUAUGACGAAAGGUCCAUCAGCAUAAUGAAGGUAGCACGAGCAAAGCUGAGAGAGAUUGGUCCUGAUGACGUCGAUAUGGGGGAGUACAAGAGGUGGCAUGAAGACUACAGCCUUUUCCGCAAGGUGUCAGUUUACCUGCUGACAGGGUUGGAGCUGUACCAGAAUGGAAAGUACCAGGAGUCGCUCACUUAUCUGGUCUACGCCUACCAAAGCAACACCAAGCUGCUGCUGAAAGGAACCAACCGAGGCGUGAACGAGUCACUGAUUGCCUUGUACAGGAGGAAGUGUCUCCUGAAGCUGAACGAGGUGGCAGCAUCUCUGUUUGUAAGCUGUGAAGAAGCUCGUGUGGCAGAGGGCAUUAGCAUCCUGAAUGAGCUGAUAAUCCCCUGCAUGCACCUCAUGAACAACUUUGAGAUCACCAAAGAGGACCUGGAUGCCAUUGAGGUCAUGAGGAACCGCUGGUGCUCCUAUUUGGGACGAGAGGACAUGGAUGCAAAGCUGCAGAUGAAGCUGGGCGAAUUGCUGCCCCGGCUCCUGGACAGCUCCUCUGGGGUGAUCGUGCUGAAGGAGCCCCCCAAGAUCCGGCCCAACUCCCCCUACGACCUCUGCAGCCGCUUUGCAGCCGUGAUGGAGUCCAUCCACGGCGCCUCGGCCGUGACGGUGCAGUAGCCCUUGGGGUCCCCACUGCCUGGGGCACCUGGCCAGCCUGCCCAGCCUGCUCCUGUCGGGCCAUGUGGGGAAGGGAGAGGGAAGAGAGGGGUGAUUUGGAUUCAGAGCUGUGUUCUUUGUAAAUACACAAAUAAAAAGCAGUAUUGCACUUUAGAGAUGAAACAUUCAGCGGUGACGUACAGGACCUGAACCACUGUUGUAGCCUGACAUGCCAGGUCCCUGGCAGCUCCAUCUGCUGGGCCUCCCCAGGCCAUACCAGAAGGUUUUUUUUUGGUUUUACAACUUUCUAAGGGCAGACCCUUGGGCCUGUGAGGGCAGCAGAGUGGGAGGCAACUCCUCUGGUGAGCCAGGCUAUGAGCUGCUGUCGAUCCAUCAGCUGCAGUUACAUCCUGCUGCUGGAGAUGAGCCCUUUGGUCUCGCCAGGCUCCUGCUAGCAGGAAUCCGAGUCGUGCCAUGAGGAGAGGAGCUUCUGCUUACCCUCUGUCAUGUGUGCAUCCACAUAAAGCAUUUGCCUUUUGCAUUUUAACUGGAAAAAUACAUGCAGGAGUCUUUCUCAGAGAAAGGCAAAAGAGCAGCAGUGACAAGGGACAGGAUGGUAGCAGUAGCAGUGGCUCAGAGGUGAAGGGAGAUCACACUUCCCAAAGGAUAUUCCCCUCUUGGAUCUGAAGGCAAACUCCCUCCUCACUUCUGGUGGGCUUUCAGUGCUGAGUUAGUGUCAACGACAACUGCAAGGGCUGGAAUCAACUCAUUUUUUGUUGUUGGUGAGGCUUUUUUAAAUUACUUUUUGUAAAAACUGCUCCAUUUGGAUUUUCUUUGCAGGCAGCCUGUACAUGUGUUUGAGCUGCAGCAGUUGUUACAAACCAAAUGUUCUGAGUCGGUGGAGGGGGGAUCCUGUUUGUUAGGACUAUGCAGAUUUCUCUAAAAGUGCAAUAAAAGCAUUUGUUCUAUGUUAGAAUGAAAAA